AGAGGAAGAACAGCAGAACAACACAGAGCCGCCAUCUUGUGACAAACAAACCCGGAGCUGUUGAUCUGAGUCUGGUCCAGUUUUAGACCAACAGACGGUAUCCACCAUGGGGGCUGUUCUAGGACUGUGUUCGAUGGCCAGCUGGAUCCCGUGCCUGUGCGGCAGCGCCCCCUGCCUGCUGUGCAGUUGCUGUCCCAGUGGGAAUAACUCGACGGUGACCCGCCUCAUCUACGCCUUCUUCCUGCUGCUGGGUGUGGCCAUCGCCUGCAUCAUGCUGAUGCCUGGGAUGGAGGAGCAUCUGAAGAAGAUCCCAGGUUUCUGUGAGGGGGGGGCCGGCUCGUCCAUCCCUGGGGUGGAGGGUCAUGUGAACUGUGACGUGCUGGUGGGGUAUAAGGCUGUGUACAGGGUGUGCUUCGGCAUGGCCAUGUUCUUCCUCCUCUUUUCUCUGCUCAUGAUCAAAGUGAAGAGCAGCCAGGACCCACGGGCUGCCCUGCACAACGGGUUUUGGUUUUUCAAGUUCGCUGCAGCUGCUGCCAUCACUAUUGGAUCCUUUUUCAUCUCUGAAGGGCCUUUCACCACCGUCUGGUUCUAUGUGGGCAUGGCCGGGGCCUUCUGCUUCAUCCUCAUCCAACUGGUUCUGCUGAUCGACUUCGCCCACUCCUGGAACGAGUCCUGGGUGGAGAAGAUGGAGGAGGGCAACUCCAGGUGUUGGUAUGCAGCCCUGCUGUCCGUCACCACUCUGAACUACAUCCUGUCUCUGGUGGCCUUGGUCAUGUUCUACGUCUACUACACGCACUCAGACGGCUGCACCGAGAACAAAGUCUUCAUCAGCAUCAACAUGUUACUGUGCGUCGGCGUGUCCGUCAUGUCCAUCCUGCCUCAGAUUCAGGAGUCCCAGCCCAGGUCUGGUCUGCUCCAGUCGUCCCUGGUCACCCUCUACACCAUGUAUGUGACGUGGUCGGCCAUGACCAACGAACCCGACAGGAAGUGUAACCCGAGCCUUCUGGGUAUUAUCGGUCUGAACAGCACCGGUCCUGCGGGACAGGGUCAGGUGGUCCAGUGGUGGGACGCCCAGGGCAUUGUGGGCCUGCUGCUGUUCCUCAUGUGUGUCCUCUACUCCAGUAUCCGUAACUCGUCCAACGCUCAGGUGAAUAAACUGACUCUGACCUCAGAUGAGUCUGCGCUCAUUGAGGACGGCCCAAACUCCGCCUCCUUGGAGGAGGGGGGUGGCGGCCUCAACAGGGCCGUAGAUAAUGAGAAGGAGGGCGUCACCUACUCCUACUCCUUCUUCCACUUCAUGCUGUUCCUGGCCUCGCUCUACAUCAUGAUGACUCUGACCAACUGGUACAGUCCUGACUCUAAGUAUGAGACCAUGACCAGCCGCUGGCCGUCGGUCUGGGUGAAGAUGUGUUCCAGCUGGAUCUGCCUGGGCCUGUACGUCUGGACCCUGGUGGCCCCGCUGGUCCUGGUCAACAGAGACUUUGACUGAAACUGUCGUCGCUCACACACUCUGUCACCGUCGUGUCUGUGGCUGUGGUUUGUUUCAGUAGGUAUUAAAACGGGGUGCGGACCGGACCGGACCGGACCGCUCUGCUGUGCUUUGUGACUCCUGUAAAUACACCCUGUAUAUUCCCGCUCCAUUCGUUUCCUUAAAGACGACGCUGCAUGCUGUGAUGAUAAAAACGUACAGUGGCGCCAACACUUCAGCUUUUGUGCAGUAUUUACAUUUGGAGUUAGUGUCGCUUUUAAAAAAAGGGUGUUUGAUCCUGUUCUGUUUCAGAGUGCGUGGGACUGACUGCGGCAGGAGCGUUGGAUGUGCUCUAGUUCUCUGCUCUCAUGUGUUGAAGCUUCACACAGAACAUCGUUAUCCUCAUAUAAUGACCCAAGUCUAAGACGAACGGACCCGAGGCUGUGGUCCCGUUGAACCCAGGGCUUUGGUUUCUAGUGUUAGGGGUCUGUCAGGAUAAAUAUCAGUGCAUUGCUUCAUCUGGUUCAGUUCCUCUCUUUGUUUCUAAAAUGAUUCACAGAUGGUUCAGACUGAUUUUCUAUCGUUUUUUUCACUGCUUUUCCCUGUUCUUCCUCUAAAUGUCUGUAAUAUUUGUCCUGCUCCGACUGUAAAUACUAAUGUUCUUCCUCAUGGAACCAUCUACUGUCAUCACAUCUGACUGAGGAGCAAACAUCUACCAUUGAAUUACAGUCAAAUAUGGAGGUUUAUCAACUAGAUGGACAUAAAAUAUGUGGACACAUCACCCAAAAACCAUUGAAUAAUUACCCAAAAAACACCCAGAAAUUACCUCCAAAACCACCCAAAAACCACUUAAUAA